UUAGUUGAAUGUGAGAAACCGAAUUGGGAGUUUUUUUUCUCGCUCUUCUGCAGAGAUGUCCGCCACGGCCAACUCCACAGGGACUCCCCAGAUCACGUCGUAUGAAAUCAGCGCCCUUGUGGCCUCCAUGUCGUGUCUUCUCUUCCUCCUGGUCAUCAUGCUGUUCCUGUUCCUGUUCCAUCAUCGAGAGCCAAUUUGCUGCAAAGUCACACACUACCAGGCAUCUCACACACACCUGGAUUCGUCUCCUCAGUGUUACAGCAGCACUCAGACACUUGUCGGCUCUCAGAACCUCAACCAUGACGACACACACAGACAGCAGUCUGAUUCCUCGCUCUUCCUGAUUGGUCUGCCAUCGAGCUACGGUCUGCCGUCAUUGGCUGGCCCCCGGCUGCCGUCCUAUGAGAGCGUCCGUAAGAAGGACCGCCAGCGCCACAUACACAUGCUGAUCGCACACCGCUUCGGACUCAACGGGCCGCACACACCAGAGCCUCCGCCAUCUUACGAGGAGAGCCUCCGGCCCUCUGUGGAGAUUCCCUGUCCUGCCAUUGGUCCGUUCGAUUCUCCUGAUGACAACGUCAUUGGCUCCUCGGAGAUCCCCUAUGCUGUGGUUGGCCAGAGACAUCAUGCUGAGGAUCCCAUUGGCUCCUCAGAGAUCCCCUCUCCCGUGACUGAUCCAUUAGAUGCUCCUGCCGACACCAUUGGCUCCUAUGAGACUGCUCCUCCCACACAUCAUUCUGCUGAGGUUGUCUUGUCUUCUGAAAUCCCCUCUGAAGUGAUUGGCCCAUCGCAUUCCCCCAGAGAAGAAAUGGGUGCUAAUGAACUCUCCUCAGACACCGUUGGCCCUCUGCAUUGCCCCAGUUCUGUGAUUGGUUCUUCUGAGGUCUCCAGCGAUGAUGCCAUUGGACGAUUGGAGUCCCAUGAGGCAAUUGGCCCUUCAGAGGUGCCCUGUUCUGUGACUGGCCAGGCCACGCCUCCUAGUGAUGCUACUGGCUCUUUGGAAGCUACCUCAGGCCUGAUUGGCUCUUUGGAAGCUACCUCAGGCCUGACUGGUUGCUUGGAGUCCAGCUGCAAUGGGAUUGGUCCAGUGAACACUUCCUCAAACGUGAUUGGUCAAACCAUUGUCCCUUCAGCAGCUACUGCUGUUUGGGAUCUCCCUGACUCAAACGCACACACAGACAUUUAUCCUGUCUGAACACACACGCACACACACAUACACACACACACACACACACACACACACACACACACACACAUUGUGAC